UGGAAACAAAGAUUAGGGCUUUUCGGUGAAAGAGAAAUAGAUGGAGGAACUAAAAGAGCUUGAAGAGGUGCAGAAUGUAAUGUUGAUGAUGCCCGCAAUAGAUUCUUCCAGUCCCAGUGCUGAUUCAAAACGUUUCCUUGCUAAUUUCACCCUCUUCAUGAUGCAACCAUGUGGUGAACUAGAUAUGAACCAAAAAUGCACAUUGAUUUCUGACCACUUUCCAAAGAUUUCUUCUGCAUUUCUUGAGGAAGCACUAUGCCAGCUUUGUGACAAAGGAGAGUAUACUUUUUUUGCAGGCAAUGCGUGCAUUGCUGCUGACUCGCGUUGCGAUGGUGACAAGAGUGUACAACUACCAACUGACUCUGAAGAUGUGGCAAUGGUUGCACUUGAUUCGAUGCAACGAGCAAAUUCUACGUUAGAAGAUUUUUGCAGAUCUUACUUCAUGUUUCAUGAAAUGGAUGCUAACAGUGCAGAAUCUAUAUUCAAAUACCUACCACUGCUUUCCUUCACAGAGAGUUAUAUGUAUCAGUUGGACACCAUAAAUGAGAACCUAGUGCAGUUUCCUAUUAGUGAUUUUACGUUCAGAAAACUUGCUGCUCUUCUAGAGGGCUAUGGGAUGUAUACAGACAGGAUAAGAAACGAGUUAAAGUGUGGGGAAGAAUACUGGGCUCUAGAAAGAAAGCUCUGUUGUGCAUUAACAAGAAAACAAGAAGAGAUUCAAGUAGAGGAUGUUAUGAAAGCAAUUCAUUUGAAGUCCUUUGACUAUCGGGUGCUGAAUCUACUCUUGUACCAGUUGAAUGGCAAAGAGGUCAACGAAACACAUAUGGAAUUCCUAUCGGUAUCAGAGUUCCUUGUUGAAAUAUCUGAUGACUUGUUUGACUAUGAGGAUGAUGUGUUGGAGAACAAUUUUAAUAUCCUGCGCAUGUUUGUCAGGAUAUAUGGAGCUUCGUCUGCACCGACAUUGCUUGCAAAAUCAAUAACCGAAGCGGAGGAGAAGUACAGUUACUUACUAAGCGCUUUGGAUCCUCAGCUCGCUCUCACAUACAAAAGAAGAUGUGAAGAAGCCACCAAAGAAGGUGGGAAGGUAGUUGGUCCUCCUCUCGGGACAUGGUGCAUACCACCGAUUAUCGAAGAUGAAGAUUUGUAUAGAUACGAGAUCUCAAACACUAGGCCACCAGGCACCAGCUAAUUAAUUAGUUCAGGAGAGCAACGAGUUUUGGUGCAUUGGUUGUGGACAAUACUGGGGUGCGAGACCGAAUGUUACACUCAACACAUCCCUCUUGGAGCAUAGGCUCCUGAUUACUCAUCGCUCUCCACUGUCCUGACUUCUCUCGUGCUUUGCCUGAAGAUGCGUAAUCCUUCUCUCCGAAAAAUUGAAUAUAGACAAGGGCUUAGACUUAUAAAUACAUGGGUCUAGAUUUCUCUCCAAAACAUUAACUUUGGAAUGUGCGACCUUGACAUGGCCACUAGAAAGUGUUGCCAGCACGUAGUGUCUCAGUGACUUAACACUCAUGAACCACAAAACGUAAGGCACCGCGUGAGAUUCAUGACUUGAGGUAAUGAAGUAAUAUCAAGAGUUAGAAAUGGCUAUGACAAGGGCCAAUUUUAAAGAAGACCCCAAAGCCAUGAGACCAAGAAUUUGAUAGGGAUU